ACUACCCGAAGCCGAGAACUUGACUCUUAACAGUAUUUAAGUCAGAGAACCAGUGGAGAGGUCGUGUUUUCACUUGUAACAGUUGUGACCGUCUUGCCGAAAAAAUUGAAUAUAUUCUUUCAACAGAGGAGAAUGAGGACUAUUUCGGAUUCUUCAGGAUUUCUUACACGGAAAGACAGAGACAUUUAUCUGCACAGAAAACAAUAUCCUUGUUCUUUAAAUGGGAUAAGAUUCUGCGCUUUGGAUUGAAAAUCAGAUUCGUCAUUUCCUCAAAUUUUGGACUUAAUUAUGGGUCACGUUUUAAUAUUUCACUCAGGAAGACAUAUCAGCGCACCAGAGGACGCUUCUAAUGAGUGCCUUGAAUCAGUGAGGAACCCAGUGGACGAAUCCUUGGCCGCAUGAUGUUGGCUAUGCAGCAUUACAACGCUUCUCCAACAGCACCCCUGAGUGCCACCAACCACACCCUGGCCCCAGCCCUGGGCCCGGCCUCUGUGGCGGAGGUGGCAGCGGUGGGGAACAAUGAUGAUCCCGGCUCCGGGUCCGGGUCCGGGUCCAGCUCGGUUCACGGCUCCGGUUCCGGGUCUUCCCCCGCCAUGGCGGUGCUGAACAUGACCCUGGGCAUCGUCUCCAACGUGCUGGCCCUGUUCAUCCUGGCCAAGGCCUACAAGCGCAUGCGCCGGCGCUCCAAGGCCACCUUCCUGCUCUUCGCCUCCUCCCUGGUGGCCACGGACCUGGCGGGCCACGUCAUCCCCGGCGCCCUGGUGCUCCAGCACUACAUGGAGGGCCACGGCCUGGCGCACCAGCUCUCGCACAACGACUCGGGCAGCGUGGACCCGUCCUGCCAGUUCCUGGGGGGCUGCAUGGUGUUCUUCGGCCUGUGCCCGCUCUUCAUGGGCUGCGCCAUGGCGGCCGAGCGGUGCCUGGGGGUGACGCGCCCCUUGCUGCACGCCUCCUGGGUCAGCGUGACGCGUACCAAGCUGGUGCUGGUGCUCAUCUGGCUCAUGGCUCUGUUGGUGGCCCUGCUGCCCUCCUUCAACCUGGGACGCUACACCUACCAGCACCCCAAGACUUGGUGCUUCAUCAGCGUGCUGGAGGAUACCAGGGCCAGUGACAUGGUCUUCGUGCUGAUCUUCGCCCUGUUGGGACUGACUUCUCUGGCCGUGGCGCUGGUGUGCAACACCAUCAGCGGGAUCACGCUGGUGCACGCCAGGAUAAAGCAAAGGACGUGUUCGCGGCGCUCCACCAAGUCCCAUGACAUUGAGAUGGUGGUGCAGCUCCUGGGCAUCAUGGUCACGUCCUGCAUCUGCUGGAUCCCCCUGCUGAUAUUCGACCUGAUGUCGGUGAUGCGCUCCUACCAGGGCUUCAGGGACGAGCAGGAAGUGGACUACUACAAGCAGCUGCUGCUGACGGGGGUGCGGCUGGCCUCCACCAAUCAGGUGCUUGACCCCUGGGUCUACAUCCUGCUACGCCGCGCCGUGCUGCGCAAGAUCUACUGCCUCAGCACCUGCGGACGCGUCAACCUGCGUGCAGGAAGCACCUUCCGCCACUGGGAGAUCAGCUCGCUGCAGAGCUCCGAGAAGAAGUCUGUCAACAGGAUCUGAAAACUUUUGGUGGGAGUAGGUGCGGGGUGCAAUGUGUGGGCAUGUGCAGGGCUGCUGACAGCUUCGGCUGGGCCCCAGGCAAAAUGAACAGAAAGGGCCCUCACUCUGUAAAUGCAAUGUAAUGGGGAUCCAAUCACAGGCUCCUCCUUUCCGUCCGUGGGCCCGGGACGAUAUAUCCAUUUGUCCCUCCCCUGUCGGCAGGCCUGGGCAUGGGGUGGGUGGAGUGUAUACGUACAAUAAUGAUACGUGUGGGGUGGUUAUAGUGGUUAUAUUAAGAUGUUGAGGAUGACUGUGGCAUUUCAAAAGAGCCCACUGCCCCUAUAACAGACUCACCAGGUGAGUCCGUUUGCUAAUGUGAAUGUAUUUUAAAGCCAUAGCAAUGACUUCAAGACACAUCUGCUUAUGACAGACAGUUGUUAGGCCAGUAAGUAAGCAAGACAGCAUGAAAGAAAUAGGAUUUUGAAUGGGCUUGUGUGUUAGAGAGAGAGAGCUGAGCACAGCAGGUGAAAAAUAAAAAUAAAAAUGACAACAACUCAGCAAAAUGUUUGUUUGUUUAGAGACGACAGAUGAUGUAGCAUAUUUCAAGCUUUGAAGAUAAAAAAGAUGCAUUGAACAUAAUAUAUUAUGGAGCCUCUGCUUUCCAGUCAUGGAAGUAAAAAAAAAACAGUUCUGGCUUUGUCAACCCAUCACAACGUCCAUAUCACUCAUUACUUGACAGUAAUCAUUUUGGCUUUAGUGAUUUCUUUGUUCUUUUUCCCUUGUAUUUCGACUCAACAUGAUAGCUGUGAAUGUCUCGACAGGGUGUCAUAUCGGUGAUUCAUGUUGGUCGGCCACAAUGAGAGAGUGAAGUCUAUGUUUUUGUGGAGAUAUAUGAUUACUGUUUUGUGUAUUUAUUGUGUAAAACACUGUUUUCCCAGUUGUGUGGGAGGACUUGAAAGUAAGCUAUUCGAUGUAAAAGCUAUUGAAUGUCAA